AUAGUCAAGGUUCUUUUUCUGGGGGGUGGGGUUUGGUUGUGCUGUUUUGGUGGUUUUGGAAGUUUGACACUAGGGGGUUAUUGCUUAUUAGAUCCUUUUGCACUUUCUCUGUGCUCAAAUUUUGCAGACACAUCAAAUAUUUGUGUUUAUUCGGUGGCUAUUGAAAUAGAGGAAGCCUCUUUAGCCUAUGUUUUUUAUGUUACGGAAUCUUGUGACGGGUUGGAUCAGAUGUCACGUGUCUUGUGAAUUGUGACGCCAGAUUUUCUUAGUUAGCACUUAUACACAGAUCAGUGUUUAUGGUAUACCCGCCAUCUAUAGUUUCUUUUUUUAUAGGUUGCUAUUGUUUUUAGCUCUGUGCUGGGAAAUUCAAAGUUUGUUUAGUGACAUAUCAUUUGAUAAACGGUUUUGGGACUCUAUCUUUGAGGUGUGAGGUCUUUUGAUAUCAUCAGAGGAUAUGUUAUUAUAGGUUCAGUAGGUUCUCAAGUUGUUGAUAAAUAAAAUGGCUCUUUCAGCCGAACCGUCAUCGUCUUUGAGCUUUACAUCAUCUUCCCAUUUAUCAAAUGGCUCGGUUAGUCACAACAUAAGCUCUCCUUAUGGCUCUGAUGCUGGACCUAACCUUGAGGUUAUCAGUUUGAGUAAGCUUAGCUCCAAUUUGGAGCAGCUUUUGAUUGAGUCUGAUUGUGAUUAUAGUGAUGCUGACAUCGUUGUGGAAGGUGUUCCGGUUAGUGUUCAUCGAUGUAUUCUGGCCUCCAGGAGUAAGUUUUUUCAUGAAUUGUUCAAGAGGGAGAAGGGGUCAUCAGAAAAAGAAGGGAAAUUGAAGUAUUGUAUGAGUGAUUUGUUGCCUUAUGGCAAGGUUGGAUAUGAAGCAUUCCUCAUAUUCCUGGGCUAUGUAUAUACUGGUAAACUGAAGCCCUCUCCAAUGGAGGUGUCUACAUGUGUUGACAAUGUGUGUGCCCAUGAUGCUUGUAGACCUGCAAUUAACUUUGCUGUGGAGUUGAUGUAUGCCUCUUCCAUUUUUCAAAUACCAGAGUUGGUAUCACUUUUCCAGCGACGUCUACUUAACUUUGUUGGAAAGGCUCUAGUGGAAGAUGUCAUCCCAAUCCUCACCGUUGCUUUCCAUUGUCAACUGAGUCACCUUGCCACUCAAUGUAUUGACAGGGUGGCCAGAUCAGACCUUGACCAGAUUUCAAUUGAAAAAGAACUUCCUCAUGAACUCUCACAAAAAGUUAAAUUGCUCCGCCGCAAACCUCAGCAAGAAGUUGAAAAUGAUGCUUCUGCAGCAGAUGCUUUGUCUCUAAAACGAAUCACUAGAAUACACAAGGCAUUGGACUCAGAUGAUGUUGAGCUUGUUAAACUUCUUUUGAAUGAGUCGGACAUUACUUUAGAUGAGGCCAGUGCACUCCAUUAUGCUGCAGCCUACUGUGACCCCAAGGUUGUUUCUGAGGUGCUUGGUUUGGGUCUGGCUAAUGUCAAUCUUCGAAAUUCUCGGGGGUACACAGUGCUUCACAUGGCUGCCAUGCGUAAAGAGCCUUCCAUUAUAGUAUCCCUGCUUACAAAAGGGGCUUGUGCAUCAGAUUUGACUUUUGAUGGUCAGAGUGCUGUUAGUAUUUGUAGGAGAUUGACAAGGCCAAAGGAUUACCAUGUAAAAACAGAACAGGGGAAAGAAACGAAUAAAGAUCGGAUAUGCAUCGAUGUUCUUGAAAGAGAAAUGCGGAGGAAUCCAUUGGCGGGGGAUGCUUCUAUGUCUUCUCAUACCAUGGCUGAUGAUCUCCACAUGAAGCUACUAUACCUAGAGAACAGAGUGGCAUUUGCAAGACUUUUCUUCCCUUCAGAAGCCAAAUUAGCAAUGGACAUUGCACAUGCUGAGACAACAUCCGAGUUUGCUGGUCUUUCUGCAUCUAAAGGUUCAAAUGGCAACUUAAGGGAGGUUGAUCUCAAUGAGACUCCCAUUGUACAAAACAAAAGACUUCUUUCUAGGAUGGAAGCCCUCAUGAAAACUGUGGAGAUGGGGCGGCGAUACUUCCCGCUCUGCUCGGAAGUGCUGGACAAGUUCAUGGAAGAUGACCUGCCUGACUUGUUCUACCUGGAAAAGGGGACUCAAGAAGAGCAGAGAAUCAAAAGGGCACGUUUCAUGGAGCUUAAAGAUGAUGUCCACAAGGCUUUCAGCAAGGACAAGGCCGAUUUUAGCCGCUCAGGGAUUUCAUCUUCGUCAUCCUCAUCAUCCCUCAGAGACUCUGUUGUACAUUACAAGGCUAGGAAAGUGCAACAAUAAAAGCAUGCAUACAUAGCGUUUUUGUUUUUGACAUACGUACGUAUUAUAUAUAUAUAGUGCAAAUUUUAAAGGUGAUGCUCACCAACUCAUCUGUAAAAUUGUGAAAGCAGCAUCAGGAAAGGUGAUGUCUUACCAUCUUGUGUAAUCAGUAUGCGCAAUAUUUUGGAAAUAAUUUUAUAUGCUUUUUGGUGAUGAA